AUGCAGUUCAUCACCAUCUUCAUUGCUACCCUGGCCGCCGUGGCCUCUGCUUCCCAAACCUCUGAGAAGAAGCGCUCCUGCGUCGCCAGUGAGUUCAUCCAUCGUCACAAGAAUUGGCCCCGUCUGAAGACAUCUGGAACUAUCUUGACUGACUACUAUGAAGUGGCCUGCAACUCUGGCAAUGCCUGCUGCGAUGGCUGGCAGUGUGUUGGCGCCACUGAGUGGAACGCCGGAGUUUGCAUCCCUAACUACUAA